UCCGGCUUCUCGGCAGCCGCUCGCCGCGCUCCGCGCUGGGCUCGGCCCCAUGGCGGCCCCGGGGGGCGAUGUCUGAGCCCCGGCGCCCGGCCCCGGCCGAGCUCCCGCGGCCCCGGAGCCUGGACGGCAGCAUGUUCCGCCGCACCAAGAGCUGCCGAACCAGUAACAGGAAGAGCCUGAUCCUGACCAGCACGUCCCCGACGCUGCCGCGGCCCCACUCCCCCCUCCCGGGUCACAUCGGCAGCAGCCCCCUGGACAGCCCGAGGAACUUCUCGCCCAAUGCACCCGCCCACUUCUCCUUCACCUCCUCGCGCAGGGCAGACGGGCGCCGGUGGUCUCUGGCUUCCCUUCCCUCAUCCGGAUAUGGAACCAACACGCCCAGCUCCACCGUGUCGUCGUCCUGCUCGUCCCAGGAGCGGCUGCACCAGCUGCCCUACCAGCCCACCAUGGACGAGCUGCAUUUCCUCUCCAAGCACUUCGGCAGCACCGAGAGCAUCACGGACGACGAUGGGGGGCGCCGCUCCCCCGCCGUGCGCCCCCGGUCCCGGAGCCUCAGCCCGGGCCGCUCCCCCUCCUCCUACGACAACGAGAUAGUGAUGAUGAACCAUGUGUACAAGGAACGGUUCCCCAAGGCCACGGCGCAGAUGGAGGAGAAGCUGCAGGAUUUCGUCACGGCCUUCGAGCCGGACAGCGUGCUGCCCCUGGCCGACGGGGCGCUCAGCUUCAUCCACCACCAGGUGAUCGAGCUGGCCCGGGACUGCCUGGCCAAGGCCCGCGAGGGGCUUAUCACCAGCAUCUACUUCUACGAGCUGCAGGAGAACAUGGAGAAGCUGCUGCAGGACGCCUACGAGCGCUCGGAGAGCCUGGAAGUCGCCUUCGUGACCCAGCUGGUGAAGAAGCUGCUGAUCAUCAUCUCCCGCCCGGCGCGGCUCCUGGAGUGCCUGGAGUUUAACCCCGAGGAGUUUUACCACCUGCUCGAGGCGGCUGAGGAUCACGCCAAGGAGGGACACCUGAUGAAGACGGACAUUCCCCGCUACAUCAUCAGCCAGCUGGGCCUCACCCGCGACCCCUUCACAGACAUGGUACAUCUGGAGGAACACGACAGCGGUGGCUCCAACACGCCUGAGACAGACGAGUUCACGGAGGGCCGGGGAGCUGCCCUGAAACACAAGAAACCACCCGGAGAAGGGGACUUUGAAACCAUCAAACUUAUUAGCAACGGAGCCUAUGGGGCCGUGUACUUGGUGCGGCACAAGGAGACCCGGCAGCGCUUUGCCAUGAAGAGGAUCAACAAGCAGAACCUGAUCCUGCGGAACCAGAUCCAGCAGGCGUUCGUGGAGCGGGACAUCCUCACCUUCGCCGAGAACCCCUUCGUCGUCAGCAUGUUCUGCUCCUUCGAGACCAAGCGGCACCUCUGCAUGGUCAUGGAGUAUGUGGAAGGUGGGGACUGCGCCACGCUGCUGAAGAACAUCGGGGCUCUGCCCGUGGAGCUGGCGCGAAUGUACUUCGCCGAGACCGUGCUGGCCCUGGAGUAUCUGCACAACUAUGGCAUUGUCCACCGCGACCUCAAACCCGACAACCUGCUCAUCACCUCCAUGGGGCACAUCAAGCUGACGGACUUUGGCCUCUCCAAGAUGGGGCUGAUGAGCCUCACGACCAACCUGUACGAGGGCCACAUCGAGAAGGACGCCCGCGAGUUCCUGGACAAGCAGGUGUGCGGGACCCCCGAGUACAUCGCUCCCGAGGUGAUCCUGCGGCAGGGCUACGGGAAGCCGGUGGACUGGUGGGCCAUGGGCAUCAUCCUGUACGAGUUCCUGGUGGGCUGCGUCCCCUUCUUCGGGGACACCCCCGAGGAGCUCUUCGGGCAGGUCAUCAGCGACGACAUCCUGUGGCCGGACGGGGAGGAGGCCCUGCCCGCGGAUGCCCAGCACCUCGUCUCCUGCCUGCUGCAGACCGACCCGCUCGUCCGCCUGGGGGCCGGUGGCGCGUUCGAGGUGAAGCAGCACAGCUUCUUCAAGGAGCUCGACUGGGCGGGGCUGCUGCGCCACAAAGCCGAGUUCGUCCCCCACCUGGAGUCGGAGGAGGACACCAGCUACUUCGACACUCGUUCAGACAAGUACCACCACAUCAACUCCUACGACGAGGACGACACGACGGAGGACGAGCCGGUGGAAAUCCGGCAGUUCUCUUCCUGCUCCCCCAGGUUCAGCAAGGUGUACAGCAGCAUGGAGCACCUCUCCCAGCACGAGCCCAAGGGCCCGGGCGUCACCAAGCGGGACCAGAGCAACAAGCACAAGGACGAGCCGCUCGGCAAACGCGAGAGCCUGGGCAGCUUCACCCUGCGGGACAAGAGCUGGCGCAGCGGCUCCCCGGAGCUGAAGCGCCUCUCGGCCUCGGAAUACACCUACCCGGAGAGCGAGUCGAGCCCCCCGCUGGGCGCCCGGCGCCGCUUCUCGGCGCUCAUGGACACCAGCCGCUUCACCGCGCCGCUGGAGGACGACGACGAGCCCCGGGCCAGGGGCCCCGCCAGGGAGAACGGGGGCCCCCCAGCUGCCCCCCAGGCCGAGGGAAAGGAGGGGAGCGCGGGAGCAGCCGGGGACCCCGCUACCCCCAAGAACGCCGAGGCGGGCGAUAGAGUGAAGGGGGGCGAUGCCCAGGCCCCGAAGGACGCGGACCCCCAGGCCCCCAAAGCCACCAGCGACCUGGUGCUGCGGCGCGCCCGGCACCAGCAGCUGUGCGGGGAGUCGGCGGGCGAGAGGCGCAGCGCCCGGGUGGGGGCCAAGGUCAUCAAAUCUGCCUCGGCCACCGCCCUGUCCGUCAUGAUCCCCACAGUGGAGCAGCACAGCAGCUCCCCCCUGGCCAGCCCCAUGUCGCCCCGCUCCCUCUCCUCGAACCCGUCCUCGCGGGACUCCUCCCCGAGCCGCGACUACUCGCCCGCCGUCACCGCCCUGCGCUCGCCCAUCACCAUCCAGCGCUCUGGCAAGAAGUACGGCUUCACGCUGCGCGCCAUCCGCGUCUACAUGGGCGACAGCGACAUCUACAGCGUGCACCACAUCGUCUGGCACGUGGAGGACGGGGGCCCAGCCCACGAGGCGGGUCUCUGCGCCGGGGACCUCAUCACCCACGUCAACGGGGAGCCCGUGCACGGGCUGGUGCACACGGAGGUGGUAGAGCUCAUCCUGAAGAGCGGGAACAAGGUGAUGGUGACCACAACACCCUUCGAGAACACGUCCAUCCGCGUCGGGCCGGCCCGCAAGAGCAGCUACAAAUCCAAGAUGGCGCGGAGGAACAAGAGGAGCAUCAGCAAGGAGGGGCAGGAGAGCAAGAAGCGCAGCUCGCUCUUCCGGAAGAUCACCAAACAAGCCAACCUGCUCCACACCAGCCGCAGCCUCUCCUCGCUCAGCCGCUCGCUCUCCUCCAGCGACAGCCUGCCCGGCUCGCCCACCCACAGCCUGAGCGCCCGCUCGCCCACCCAGAGCCUGCGCACCACCCCCGACUCUGCCUACCUCGGUGCCUCGUCCCAGAGCAGCUCCCCAGCAUCCAGCACCCCCAACUCCCCGGCCACCUCCUCCCACCACAUCCGGCCCAGCACCCUGCACGGCCUGUCGCCCAAGCUGCACCGCCAGUACCGCUCGGCCCGCUGCAAGUCGGCCGGCAACAUCCCGCUCUCGCCCCUGGCCCACACCCCCUCGCCCACCCAGUCCUCGCCGCCCCCGCUGCCCGGCCACACGGUGGGCAGCUCCCACACCACCCAGAGCUUCCCCGCCAAGCUGCACUCCUCCCCCCCCGUGGGCCGGCCCCGGCCCAAAAGCGCCGAGCCGCCCCGCUCGCCCCUGCUCAAGCGGGUGCAGUCGGCCGAGAAGCUGGGCUCGCCCCUGGGCUCGGAGAAGAAGGGGGCCGUGCGCAAACAUAGCCUGGAGGUGACCCACGCCGAGUACCGCAAGGACUUCCUUCCCGAGGCCGGGCUGCAGAGCCUGGCCGAGUCGGACGGUGAGAGCCCGGGGGCCGGCGAUGGGGCCGGCAGGCAGGUGGCCGCCCGGCGGCUGGGCCGGCAGGAGUCGGCCCUCAGCUUCGGAGCCGGGGAGGCGCCGGGCCCGGCCGGCGGGGGCCAGACGAGCGCCAAGGAAGGGCCGGCCUGCGCCGAGGCGGCCGGCAGUCCCCGCGACCCGGCGGGGGGCGUCAGGAGACACCAGGGGGUUCAGACCGAAGAAGCCUUUGCCGCUCCCGCCCGGCCCCCGGCCAAAGCCUUGAGCCCGGUGCAGGAGUAUGAGCAGGGCAGGCGGGGCGAGGCGGAGGGGGCACCGCGUGGGCCGGUGCCCCUGGUGGUGGAGCCCCAGGAGAGCCCCAGCGGGCAGGGGCUGUGGGAGAGGAACGCCGAGGGGGGGCAGGGCCGACAGCCCCCCAAGUGCCCCCAGAACCAGGCCGGCUCCCCCAGGGAGAAGCUGAUCCUGGAGGUGGUGGAGGAGCACACCACCCUGGGGCCCCGAACCAAGCCCUCCUCCCCCAAAGGGCCCUGCCCUCAGGGUGCCAAAAAUGGGCUGGCCCCCCCCAGGAAGGGCCUGGCAGAGGCGAAGACGCUGGGAGUGAUCCUGCCAGCUGGGAGGGGCCCUGCCCCCCAACUCCCGUCCCCUGCCGUUGUGGAGAAAAAUGCAGCGGGGCACUGAGAACAGGGGGCCCCCCCCGAAGUGUACGUGCCGCAGGGAAACGGGGACGCCCCUGAGUUUUGGGAGACACGGUCGGGAUCCCCUCUGCCGUCCCCCCAAAAGGAACCUUGUCUGGUUUUGUGCAGAGGGCGGCAUGGGGUUACGCAAAGCCCCCCCCCUCUGGUCACAGCUGCUUCCAUCAGUGGGGUGAGGGGCACCGAGGCAGGAGGAACCCCCCACCCGGCCUGGUUUCCAUGGAGAGCGGGGAGUGGAGGCGGUGCCCCAUUGUAAGGCCCCCAGUGAAUGGCAUGUCCUGUGUAAAGUAUCUAUACAGCUCUCUCUCUCUAUAAUAUAUACGCGCAAGAAUACCACGUCCACUGAAGGGUUAAUACUGUGAUCCCCCCGCCCCCUGCGCCCCAGUUCCUUGCCAUGGCCCUGUCAGGGAAGGGUUAACAUGUCCCCAGAUUCCCUGGGGGGGGCAGCUUGCUUUGGAUCCUUCCAGGGAUGGGGGGGGCAUUUCAGUGCCCCCCGGCCACUCCCUGCUUAUACAUCGCCAUGGCAACUAGCUGGCCAGACCCACUCUGGGGCCUGGCUCGCUGAUGUCACUGAGCAGCAGCUGUCGCAUCAUCAAAUGGGCGGUGAUGUCAUCAACAGGCAGCCAGUGGUGCUGCAAGGGCCCGGCCUGGGGCGCUCUCACCCCCACCCCCUGUGCUGGCAUGAUGAUGUCAUCAAGCCAUGGCUGCUUGUGUGAUGUCAUCGAGGUGCCUGGUGCACUGUGGUGAUUGCAUCAAGCUCCACCCCCCACCCCGCCUCCUGGGUGUUUGUGAUGUCAUCAGACCAGCCCUGGCUGUGUGAUGAUGUCAUCACAGCAGGGCCAUGGCAGUGCCCCCCACCCCCCAGUGCUGAUGCUGCCCCAAUCCCCCCUUCAUGUGCCCUGGUGGGGGCAUCCCCCAUGGGCACGGUUCUCGCUAUGCAAAUACCCGGUGCUGCCCUGAGAGCAAAUUGAGCUACUGGGGGGGGGGGCCCGACACAGCCCAUGGGGGGGGCAUCUCUCCC